AUGGAACUCAGUCAGUCUUUAAAGAAAAGAUACUCACUUGGAGUUGAAGUACACCAUUGUCCAGGCACAGCCGCUGGGGUUUGCGUGGAUGGUAAAACAUAUCGCACGUAGAAGGCUACAAAUAAAAAAGAAAUUGAUAAUUUUUUAAUACAUGGGAAUACAAUAGAAAAGAAGUUUUCAAUAUCAUUUCUUAAUGGAACUCAGUCAGUCUUUGAAAAAAAGAUACUGACUUGGAAUCGAAGUGGACAAUUGUCCUUGCACAGCCGCUGGGUUUUGCGUGGUUGGUAAAACAUAUGGCGUGGACAAGGCUACAAGUCAAAAAGAAAUUGAUACAUUUUAGUACAUGAAAAGACAAUUGAAAAAAUUUUUUCAAUAUCUUUACUUAAAUAAGAUCGGAGCUCAGUCAGUCUUUUAAGAAAAGAUACUUACUUGGAAACUGGAAUUGGGUUUGCAGAGCCGCUGGGUUUUGCAUCGCUGGUAGUCGCGCGGACAAGGCUGCAAAUUAAAAAGAAAAUGACAUAAUCUAAUACAUGAAAAGACAAUUGAAAAAAUUUUGUCAAUAUCUUUACUUAAAUAAGAUGGAGCUCAGUCAGUCUUUUGCACAGCCGCUGGGUUUUGCGUGGUUGGUAAAGCAUAUGGCGUGGACAAGGCUACAAGUCAAAAAGAAAUUGAUACAUUUUAGUACAUGAGAAUACAAUUCAAAAAAAAAUUUCAAUAUCAUUACUUAAAUAAGAGGGAACUCAGUCAGUCUUUUAAUAAAAGAUACUCACUUGAAGUUGAAGGAGACAAUUGUCCAGGCACAGCCGCUGGGGUUUGCGUGGAUGGUAAAACAUAUCGCACGUAGAAGGCUACAAAUCAAAAAGAAACUGAUACAUUUUUAAUACAUGGGAAUACAAUUCAAAAACAUUUUCAAUGUCGUUACUUAAAUAAGAUGGAAUUCAGUCAGUCUUUUAAGACAAGAUACUCACUUGGAGUUGAAGUAGACAAUUGUCCAGGCACGGCCGCUGGGUUUUCGCGUGGCUGGUAGUACAUAUGGCGCGGACAAGGCUACAAAUCAAAGAGAAAUUGAUAAUUUUUAACACAUAGGAGUACCAGUCAAAAAAAUUUCAAUAUCUUUACUUAAAUAAGAUGGAACUCACUUAGUCUUUUCAAAAAAGGCUACGAAGGCUACAAAGCUGCAAAGUGUACUUUGACUAAACAUUUAUUUCGUCUAUCGAGACAAAGGUCCCCUCUAAGCUUUUCUGAAAAGUCACUGAAAUCAAUUUAGUGCCUUAGAAAAUCGUAUCUCAUUGCGUUUUAAAUAUAUAUUUUUUAACUUAAAGUGAUUAACUCUGAUGUCACAGUCAGGCUGUAGUUUGUGGAUCUUUUUUUUACUGUGCUGUAAACAUUGUCCUAAUGGCAGUCAAUGUUUCAUUCAGAUGGAAAUGUAUAAAGAUUUUCUGGAUUUGUCCAUGGGAAACCUCAAGGACUAUCUAAGCUUAAGGGGAUUGUCGACAAAUGGCCGGAAGGUAGAACUGGUCGCAAGAGCUUUUUCUGCCUUUGAAAUGAAGCUUCCAGUCCAAGUUUCCCAAGAGCAACACUUGGCCAGUUUGCAAAGGGAAUUCCAGGACAGACUACGCAAGUACGAUCUAUCAGAUCCUAAAUCCAGNGUCCAAGUUUCCCAAGAGCAACACUUGGCCAGUUUGCAAAGGGAAUUCCAGGACAGACUACGCAAGUACGAUCUAUCAGAUCCUAAAUCCAGUGACACUACAUGGGUGGAUGACAUGACAAAAUGGCCACCAGUUGACCUUGGCAAGAUAUUUGCUUAUAUUCUGUCAAAUAAAGAGUUUGUCUCAGAUAACAUUGAGAAAUACAAGGAUGAAAAAGCUUAUUGGUACUGGAAAAGUAACUUUGUGGGUACCAUCCUCUAUGCAGACAACAAGAAUGAAAAGUGUGUGUUGCAAUGCAAGGUAACUCCAUCGCAGCGCAUCAGAGAGGACCCAAGAGAAGUGUGGGUAGCCCUCAAGAAAGAUGGAACUGUCUUAUGUGGUUGGUGCACAUGCAUUGCUGGCACGAGUGCAACAUGCAACCACAUAAUUGCAUCGCUUUACAAGAUGGAAUAUGCAUUCACCCAUGGUCAUACAGGUCCAUCAUGUACAUCCGUCCCUUGCGCAUGGAAUGUAUCAACCAGGAGAGAUGUGCAGCCAGGAAAGAUAAUGGACAUACGAAGCAGAAAAGAAAAGGGAACAACUGGAAAUGAAGAAAAUGAAGGAAUGAUUAUAGAUGAAUGGAGACAUUUUGAUCCAAGGAAAGAGUGGGAAAGGAAUGUGACUGAUGAGCAGAAAAAGGGAUUCUUGGAUGGGUUAAACAGAUCAGGCUCAAUGCACAAAUUUUCAAAGUGUAGAGUCAGAAAAGCACAAUCAAAUGGACAGACCUUUAGAGCUGACUAA